AUGGAAAUUCCACAUCUGCCACCGCUUCCCAGGCCUGUCCCAUGGACCUAUGAUCCCACUUUCAUACCAGUCAGUGCCAGAGAGCGAGAGUCCUUCGAUCUGACUGCCGAGGUCACAUUCAAUGUUCUGUGCCAGUGGUGUCAGAACUUACUUCGCAAAAGUCCUAAGCUACCAGAGAUUCCGCUCUUCACAGACGACAGUUCCACUAUCCCCAUUGAAGGACAGCUCGAGAUUGACAAGAGUCUUCUGCGCGACUCUGCUUUGGGUGGUUGUUAUCUAUGUACUCUGGUCUUGAGAGAAGCACAGCGCUCUUAUGGAGCGACAGAGAAAACACCUCCUUUUCGGAGCGUUGCUCCAUAUGUUGUGUGGUCAAGAUUGGUAGCCCCUGUGAAUUCAGGGAUUGCUGGAGACAUGGACGAGGGGUUUGAAGACGAUUACACCUAUGGUUCAACUCAUGGGGUCACAUUGGCCACUCGUCAUGAGGGUGGGAACUUUUACUCCACGUUCUUGAUACGACACCCGCGCACUUUUGAGCCUCCAUCUGCCUUUGGUCGAAGCAUCUAUACGGGUUCGGAUGAAUGUCUGGAACGCUGCAGAGUAUGGAUACAAGACUGUUUGGAAUCCCAUUCAGAAUGCCAUCAUAGCUUACCGUCUAAAGUCCCGACGCGUCUAAUUGAGAUCAUGAACCCUCGCGAGAUCAGACUCAUAGAACCGACGAAUACUGUGCAUUAUCUUGUAUUGAGCUAUUGCUGGGGUGGUUCAGACGUCUUGAAGUCCACAACCGAAUCUCUUGCGGCAUUCAAAUCCUCGAUGCCAUUCGAUCAAUUAGCACUCACAAUCCAAGAUGCUAUCGGAGUGGCCUAUAGGCUUGGAUCCCGUUUUCUAUGGGUGGAUAGCCUCUGCAUAUUACAAGACGAUGCUCAAGAGUGGGACUGA